AUGCUUGAUUGUGAAUCAACAUCAUUUGAUGAUGAAAGAAAAGAAAAAAUUUUCAACAUAAGAAACCACGAAGGCAAGAUUUCAAUAUUUGUUAUAGUAGUUACUUAUAUUCUCUAUGUAGGAAAAGUCAAACGUAAAUUUGAGGAAGAAACAGAAGUAGAAGAAGGUCCAAUUAAUAAAUUAAUAAAAAUAAGCAAAAAAAAACGACCAAGUGCAUCAAAAUUUGCAGAAAAAGGUAAAUGGGAAUCCUUGUUGAGUGAUGAUGAUCCUCCUUUUUAUAUUUGCCGUCCAACUGGAAAAUUUGAUAUUCCAUUGACACUAUGUCACCCUGUUUUUGAAAAGUUCAUGCUUGAUUGUGAAUCAACAUCAUUUGAUGAUGAAAGAAAAGAAAAAAUUUUCAAGUUAGCAUGUGCAAUGGGAGAUACUUAUGAUUCAGAAAAUGACAGGGAAAAAGAAUUUGAAAAUAAACUUAACAGUUUUUUGGGGUAUAAUAUAGAUGGAAAAGAUAGGAAGAAGAGGAAUUGUAAUGAAGAAGUUAGAUUUGAUGCAUUAGUAAAGUUAGAAUAUUCAAAAUCAGAAAAGGAUGCCUUGUUAGUAGGAUUCGAAUACAAAAAUGAAUCAUCAAAGGUAGAUCCAUAUGUGCAAAUCAGCACAUACUACCAAGAAUAUGUGGUUCAACAUGCCGAAGAUGAUGAAGAUCUUAUCCUGAAUACUUGUAUUCCAUGUUUUCUAGUUUGUUUGCAUGGUGCACGAUUUGAGAUUGCAGGUGCUGUAUUUGGGGAAAGGGUUACAAUAUGUCCUUUAAUAGCAGAAAAUCUUGUAGUCAGACCUGAUUUUUUUGAAUCAUGGAUAAAUCGACUGACAAGAAUAUUUUGUUCUUUACAUGAGGCGAUUAAAACUUUGGAAAAAUACUAUAGUGAAUGUUUAUUAGUUCCAGAAAAAAAGAUUGAUAGAAACGUGGGAAGGUUUCCAUGGAUAAGGUCAUACACAAAGGAUUCUUUAGUGGUAUCUUUUCAAUACAAAAAAUGUUGUGUUGACAUUUUACAAAGUCUGGUGUAUCUUGUAGAAGAGAAUGAUGAUACAAAACACAUAGUCAAGUUUUCUGAAACUUAUGGUUAUGAUGCACACAGUUUCUGUGCUGAACAUCAAAUAGCACCAAAAAUCAUUCAUUAUUCAGACAUAAAUUCUGGGUAUAAAUUUAUUGUAAUGCAAUAUCUUGAUGGAUAUGAGACUAUAAAUUCAUUGUUUUCGAAAGUAAAAAAAGAAGAUUUGAAGGAGAUAAAAAAUUCUAUAAAACUUGCUGUAGGAAUAUUACAUGACAAAAACUUUGUUCAUGGAGAUUUUCGACUAAAUAAUAUACUUGCUAAAAAAGUAGAGGAUAGAUGGGUUAUAAAAAUUAUAGAUUUUGAAUGGGCAGGUCCAGAAGGAAAAAUUAGAUAUCCGUAUGUGACCAUGAAUCCAAAGAUCAAAUGGCACAAUGAAGUGAAACCUGGAAAUUUAAUUAGAAAAUCACAUGACAUACAUUUAUUAGAUGAAGGCUUUAUUACUCCUCAAUGA